AUGUCCAUAGACGAGUCUGGCCCCGCCCCGCCCCAAGCGGAGAAUGUGGGCAUUCUCGCGGCCGAGGUCUACUUUCCCACAACCUAUGUCCGGCAGGAGGACCUGGAGAAGCACGAUGGCGUGCCAUCCGGAAAGUACACCAUCGGCCUGGGCCAGCAAGGCCUGUCCUUCUGCGGCGACCGCGAGGACCCCGUGUCAAUGGGCCUGACGGUGUUCCACCAGCUGCUGCGCCGGCACGGCGUGUCGCCCUCCGAGGUGGGGCACCUGCAGGUGGGCACCGAGUCCGGCGUGGACGGCAGCAAGUCGCUGAAGACCUACCUGAUGCCCAUCCUGGAGGCGGCGGGGAACACGGACGUGGAGGGCGUGGACUGCGUGCAGGCCUGCUACGGCGGCACCGCGGCGCUGCUGGCCGCCGCGGCCUGGGUCGAGUCUCGCGCCUGGGACGGCCGCCUGGCGGUGGUGGCCAGCCACAUGGCGCACGCCUACGACUUCUACAAGCCCACGACGGGGUACCCUGCCGUGGACGGCCCGCUGUCCGUCUACUGCUACCUGCACACCCUGGACGUGUGCUGGGCGCGGUACGCGGAGCGCUUCGAGCGCGCGCUGCACGCGCCCUGCACGCUGGACGCGGUGGACCACGUGCUCUUCCACGCGCCCUACAACAAGCUGGUGCAGAAGGCGUAUGCGCGCCUGUGGUACCUGGACGGCUGCCGCAACGGCGGGGCCGACCCGUCCCCCGCCCACUCCCACACACCAAUCGCCCACCCCUACCCGCCCACCGCCAUGCCGCCGGGGCUGGAGAAGUAUCUGCUGGGCGCGACGCACGCCAGCUACGACGCCAAGGUGCGGCCGGGGACAUGCGUGCAGCGCCAGUGCGGCAACAUGUACACCGCCAGCGUCUGGUCCGGCGUGGCCCAGCUGCUGGAGACCACGGGCGCCGCGCUGGAGGGCCGGCGCGUCCUGCUCUACAGCUACGGCUCGGGCAUCUCGGCCACGCUCCUGUCGCUGCGCGGCCGCGCCGUGGCCCCAGGGUCGCGGUUCUCCCUGGCCCGCCUGCAGGCCGGGUCGGACCUGGCGGUGCGCCUGGCGCGCCGCCCCGCCGCGCCGCCCGCCGACUUCUUGGCCGCCGUGGCGCGGGCGGAGGCGCUGCGCGGGGCCAAGGCUUACGCCACGCUCUGGCCCCGUGUGGAGGACCUGGCGCCGGGCACCUACUACCUCAAGGAGGUGGACGAGCGCCACCGCCGCGUGUACGGGCGCCGCGACGAAUAG